AUGGCCAUCAGAGACCACUUCCGCCGCCGCAAGUCUAUCUGCGAGCCUAGCCAGGGAGAGCCCAACUGCUCUGAACCACCAAAAUCACCCGCUCUCCGCUUGGCCAAGACCCUAGGAUGGCGCUCAACGAAAGAGGAGAAGCCCAAGAAGAAGCCCAUCAAGGACGACAAGCCGGACCCGCGCGAGCGGCCCUUCAGUGAGACCAACCUUAGACACCAGCAGAUACUCAACGGCUUCACCAUGACUUUCGGCAAGAACCAGCACCAGAUAAGCCGCGACCAGCGGUCGAGUUACUAUAGCGUCAACGUCAGCCCCGGCACAUCACGGCACAACAGCGUUGAUGUGGACGACAGUCCGCUCCGGAUGAACCCUCUGCCCCGCGAGCGGCAGUUCCGGUCAGUGCCGGAAGAAGAUGAGAGGUCCUAA